ACAAGAGUCAAACUGCGCAGAUAUUUACCAUCUCUUUCUCUCUCUCUCUCUAUAUCCACAAUCAUCAUUAUUCUUCAUCAUCUCGUGCUCUCUCCCUUGUCGAGAACGCAUAACUAAAGUGAGAUUCGAGGUGGGGAGUCCCAUCCACCAAUUUUGCACCUUUACGGCUUUUCUUCAAGCACCUCGAUUGCUUUUUUUCCCUCUUCCUUCGAGUGACUGUUACAGAUCUAUUGAUUUUUGGGUGGUUGAAAGAGGUAUAGAAGAAGAAUGUCUUUCACUGGGACGCAGCAGAAAUGCAAGGCCUGUGAGAAGACUGUUUAUCCAGUGGAAUUGUUGUCUGCUGAUGGAGUUAGCUAUCACAAAUCUUGCUUCAAAUGUUCCCAUUGCAAAGGAACCCUCAAGCUGAGCAGUUAUUCGUCGAUGGAGGGUGUUCUCUAUUGCAAGCCUCACUAUGAGCAACUUUUCAAGGAGACUGGCAGUUUCACCAAGAACUUUCAGUCACCUGCAAAGUCAGCUGAGAAGUUAACCCCGGAGAUGACAAGAUCGCCUAGCAAGGCUGCUGGCAUGUUCUCUGGGACACAAGAGAAAUGUGCAACGUGCGGUAAAACAGCUUACCCACUUGAAAAGGUGACUGUUGAAAGCCUGAGUUACCACAAGUCCUGUUUCAAGUGUUCUCACGGAGGAUGCUCUCUAACUCCGUCAAACUAUGCUGCCCUAGACGGCGUCCUAUACUGCAAGCCCCAUUUUUCGCAGCUCUUCAAAGAAAAGGGGAGCUACAACCAUGUGCUCAAGUCUGCAUCAAUGAAACGCCCGACUGCAGUUGUUCCCGACUCUUCAACAUGAGGUGCCUUCAGUAUUUUUACUAUAUCGGCAUGAGCUUGCCUUUGUGGGUGUGUUUUUCGACAUAUUUCUGUUUGAUUUCGAUUCCUGCAACUCUGAGGUAACUUUCACUACAGCUGAUUGUAAUGCAUUCAUUGCUGGUGACAAUUUGGGGGAAGUUGUGUUUCCCCUCUCUGUUUUUAAUGACAUUUAAAUUCACAAAUCAUUUGCCAAA